ACAACUUUAUUUACGUUUUACAUAAGCAUGGGGAAAUUCACGAAAUCAGCUUUCUUGGCAUUGACCAUUUUAGCGGUGGCCACAGCAGAGCCCACGGGACGUGUUGUGGGCGGUGAAGAUGCCUAUGAGGGUCAAUUUCCCCAUCAGAUUUCAUUGCGAUUCAGUGGUUCGCAUAUUUGUGGUGGCUCCAUAAUUAGUCGCAACUAUGUGCUAACGGCAGCUCAUUGUGUGGGAGCCGAAGAUGAGAAUGGAGUUUAUCAUGUCGAUGAUGCCUCCUACUUUACCAUACGUGCUGGUUCCACCAACCGUCUAAUGGGUGGUGUAAUCAAACAAGUCGUCGAAGUAAUUGUUCAUGAGAAUUAUGGAAAUUUCAUAAACGAUGUGGCUCUCUUGAAAUUGGAAACUCCUCUGAUCUACUCUCAAAAUGUUCAGGCCAUUCCCUUGGCCUCUGCUGAAGUUCCUGUGGGCAGCACUGUUGGCAUUUCCGGCUGGGGACGUUUGAAAACCAAUGGCGAUAUACCCAUGAAAUUGCAAUACAACAGCUUGGAAGCCAUAUCCAAAUUGAAAUGUUUCACCUCGAUUUUAAUGUCCUCCGAUGCCUUAAUCUGCUUGGCCCAUCAAGCUGGCAAUGGCGCCUGCAAUGGUGAUUCGGGUGGUCCCGCUACCUUUAAUGGUGAAUUGGUCGGUGUGGCUGGUUUUGUUGUGGGUGGUUGUGGUACCAACAACCCUGAUGGUUAUGCCAAGGUCUUCUAUCAUCGCGAUUGGAUUAAGGCCCAUAGUGAUGCGUAGAGAAAGCGGCCAAAUGAAGCGGCUAAAAUUUUGUGUUUUCUAUGAAAAAUAUGUUGUUGAAUAAAUCCAAAAAGUUAUUUUAUUAA